GUCAUACUAAAUUUCAGCUUUCUAGUACUUAGUCUUUGAGCUUCGCUGCGGACAGACAGACGAACGUGACGAAACUGUAAGUAGGCAUGAAACGAUACGAGUAAAUACAAGUACGUACUCGAUACUUUUGCUCCGAUACCAAGUACUUUUAGUAUCGAUACUUUGAAAUUAAGAAUCGAGUAGGUAUCGGUUAAAAGUACUCAUAUCAGUACUUAUAGCAAUCACACUAUUUUCUUUUAACAUAAUUGAAAAUUGCAUAUCUUAAAUUGAAGUUUUUGAACGCAUCCUAGCCUUUGUUUUGUUUGUGUAGUUGGCAAGCUUGUUUGUCUAUGCCCGAUAAAAACAAACAAAGCCUCAACUCUUUAUUUUAUUAUACUCUACUGUUUUAACAGUAGAUUUGCUGUUUUUACAUUGAUGUCCAUGUUUUCUGUUUCAUUUCUAUUUUUUACUGUUUUUCAACUAGCGUUCAGCACCACCUAUUACACUACUAUGCAAACAUUUUUUGAUAACUACUACGUAAUAAAACGCAACAAUGACACUAUAUGGAUGUAUCUUCUCUUGUCGGGAUUCAAAAAAAAUGUAUAAUUAAAGAAAAAUCGAGUAUGACAAUACUGAAGUCUGAGGAUGAGGCAAUUGAAAAUGAAACUGAAAACUUAUUUUACUUUAUUUUUUUUGUUUUUGUUGUGAUUAUUAAUAAAUCAAUUAUUAUAAAUAAAUAAAUCAAUAAUUAUUAAUAAAUAAUUAGAAUAUUGUUUAUUGAUUAAAAUAAAUGAUAUGCCUUUUAUACUUUAACUACUGCUUUCUACUGUUUUUUUUAAUGAUGAGUUGAUGUUUUUUAGUUUUUUGAGGUUGGCAACUCUCCGUCGCGGCAUCGCCACUUCGCCAGUCGCCAUUGAUUGACAUUGUUUUAACUUUUAAUUCGUUUUGUGUUCCUCUCCACAAGUUAAUCCUAGCCUUUAACAGUAAUCGGUGUUUGUUUUGUGUUCAAAGCAUUUCAAGCAAGGUUUUAAGUGUUUGAAAAUGGGGCCACCGAAAUCUAGUGUGUGGCAGUAUUUCACAAAAACCGACGAGAAAACCGCGAGCUGUAAGAAAUGCUUUAAAACCGUGCGGUUCUGUGGCAAUACUUCUAAUUUGCAUAAGCAUUUAAAAAGCCACCCUGAUUAUACUGCACCUGUUAAUAAUAACGACAAGAUUUCAGUGAGAAAGAAAAAGGAAACUGAUCAUUUUGCAGAAGUAAGAAGUCAAAGUAAAGAAAUAGUUCCUGUUUUGCCUGGAGUCUCGACAUUGACAUCUACAAAGUCUAAUACACAGUCUGAGUCUGACUCGGAUCUGCAUCUAAUGCAAAUGCGUGGUGAUAAUACAUUAAAAUGUAUGUUUGAAAAUGUCACUUCACAAAAAAAGGGUGGCAUGAAAUAUAAUAACAUAAAUAUGUGCAUUUUGUAUUUUAUAUGCAAGGAUAUGCGACCGUUCAAUGUUGUGGAAGGAGAAGGCUUUUUGAAAUUAAUGAAGGAAUUGGCCCCUUAUUACAAAGUACCUUCGUCGACACACUUUAAAAAGUUGCUCUGUGACAAAUACGACAUUGUGAAGAUGGAGUAUACUUUAAGAAUAUCUAAUGCAACUGAGCUAUGUGUGACUCUUGAUAUAUGGACAGAAACCAUGAAUGAAAAGAGUUUUUUGGGCGUUACAGUACAUUUUUUAGAGAAAACAGCCCUUACCAGUUCGAAUAUUGCUACUAGAGAACUCCAAUCAAACCAUACAGCAGAGUACAUAUCUGAAGUAUUUGGCGAAAUUCUUAAGGGUUGGGAUAUACCACUGUCUAAAGUAACUUGCGCAGUUACAGACAACGGCGCUAAUAUGGUUGCCGCGAUCAAAAAAACUCUUGGUGAUGCAAAACAUUUGCCGUGCUUUGCACAUACAAUUAAUUUGAUAGUAGAUUCAUCAUUAAAAAAUACGUCAACUGUAAUUACUAGUUUAAUCAACAAAGUUAGAGAUAUUGUUAAAUGGGUUAAAAACAGUGUUAUACAAUCAGACAAACUAAGAAAAAUUCAGAUUGAUAGUGGAGUUCCUGAGGGAAGUACCAAAAAAUUUAUUCUUGACGUUAAGACGCGCUGGAAUUCACUAUAUUAUAUGGUUGAUAGAUUUUUAGAUAUGUCCAAAAUUGCUGCACAACUACUACUCGAUGCUACAGACAGUCCUGAAUUGGGUUCUGGACAGGAAAUCGAAAUAUUAAAACAGUUGAUACCAUUGUUACAACCUUUCGAAUUUGUUACCCGAGAAUCGUCAGGCCAGAAUUAUGUUACAUUAUCCAAAGUCAUACCAAUGAUUAAUUGUCUCACAACGCAACUAACGAAAUUUUCAUCGUCAAUGGAAUGUGUCACUCAAUUGCAAACAAAACUACUAGCUGAAUGUAAAAAAAGAUUUGGUUUAAUUGAAUUUAACACACUUGCAGCGUUGGCAACAAUUUUAGAUCCACGGUUCAAAAACCUCCAUUUUCAAGACGCAAAUGCAUGUGGCAGGGCAAUACAAAAAUUAAAAAACAUUAUUAAAGAAGAUACGUCAAUUUCAACCAGUGGGUCUGAAGAUGAAACCGCCAACGAAGAUUUUGAUUUUUGGUCACAUCACAAACAACUUGCAGUUGGCCAGAAGCGGAGGCGUGCUUCCUCAAAAGCCGAUGAAGUGUCAAUUUAUUUGGCUAAUCCAGUCUGCGCUUUAAAAGCCAACCCAUUAGAGGAAUGGGAGGAUUUAAAGCCCGUAUUCCCGGCGUUAUACAAACAAGCACGCAUAUAUUUGAACGUAGUAGGUACUUCUGUACCUUGCGAAAGGUUGUUUUCCAAAGCUGGCGCAACAGUCACUGCUUCCAGAAAUCGCCUAACUGGGAAACAUUUGGAAAAGUUAAUAUUUUUAGGUAGCACUACGAAGUCAGACUUUUUUUCAUAAAUGUAAAACAAUAAAGAAUACUUAUACA